CAGAGGAGGGUCUGGAAACCUGAAAAAAAAAGGGACUAUGACUGCCAACAUGGGGUCCAUGCGUAUCCUCAUCAAGGGAGGGAAGGUGGUGAAUGAUGAUUUCACCCAGGAAGCAGAUGUCUACAUUGAGAAUGGCAUCAUUCAGCAGGUUGGAAAAGAACUGAUGAUACCAGGCGGGGCUAAGGUGAUUGACGCGUCUGGAAAGCUGGUGUUGCCAGGUGGAAUAGACACCAGUGUGCAUCUACAACAAACUUUCAUGAACGCCAGCAUCCAGGAUGACUUCUACAGUGGGACCAAGGCGGCUCUGAUGGGUGGUACCACCAUGGUGAUGGCUCUGGUCCUGCCUGAACAACAUUGCUCCCUGCUGGACGCCUACGAGAACUGCCGAGCUCUGGCCGAUGCCAAGGCUUGUUGUGACUAUGCUCUGCAUGUCGGCGUGACCUGGUGGGGUCCAAAGGUGCAUAAUGAGAUGGAGACUCUGGUGAGGGAGCAUGGAGUGAACUCCUUCCAGAUGUUCAUGGCCUACAAAGACAUGAUGAUGCUGAGGGACUCAGAGCUCUACCAGACAUUGCAGACCUGUAAGGACAUCGGGGCCAUCGCACGUGUCCACGCUGAGAACGGAGAGCUGGUGGCAGAGGGUGCCAAAGAGGCUCUGGAUUUGGGCAUCAGUGGACCUGAGGGUAUUGAGAUCAGUCGACCAGAAGAGUUGGAGUCUGAGGCUACCCACAGAGCUGUCACCAUUGCCAACAGGGCCCGCUGCCCAAUCUACCUGGUGAAUGUAUCAAGUAUGUCUGCUGGAGACAUGAUUGCUGCUGCUAAGAUGCAAGGUAAGGUGAUCCAUGCAGAGACCACAGUAGCUCAUGCGGUGCUGAAUGGGAUGCAGUAUUACCACCAGGACUGGGCUCACGCCGCCGCCCACGUCAUCAUCCCUCCUCUCCGCCUCGACCCCAGCACACCCAACUACCUCAUGGGCCUGUUGGGCAAUGACACUCUGAGCGUUGUGGCGUCGGAGCACCGUCCAUUUAGCACCAAGCAGAGAGCUCUGGGCAAAGAGGACUUCACCAAGAUCCCUCAUGGAGUGGCUGGGGUCCAGGACAGGAUGAGUGUCAUGUGGGAGAGGGGAGUGGUUACUGGAAAGAUGGAUGAGAAUCGUUUCGUGGCAGUGACAAGCUCUAACGCGGCAAAGAUCUACAACCUGUACCCACGCAAGGGCCGUAUCAUCCCCGGGGCCGAUGCUGAUGUGGUGGUCUGGGAUCCAGAUGCAACAAGGACAAUCUCUGUGAGCACUCAGGUGCAGGGCGGAGACUUCAACCUGUACGAGGGGAUGCGCUGCCACGGUGUUCCUCUUGUCACCAUCAGCCGAGGACGUCUGGUGUGUGAGAACGGUGUGUUUAUGUGUGCUGAGGGAUCUGGAAAGUUCUACCCACAGCGCACUUUCCCUGACUACCUCUAUAAGAAAAUGGUGCAGAGAGAAAAGACUCAGGCUUAUAAAGGAGUUGUCAGGGAUCCAUAUUCUGGUGACGUGGCCAAGGUGGCAAACAUUAUGAAGAAGGAGCUUGGUUUGGGCCCAAUAGAUGGAGAGACACCCAACAAGUCCUGUGGUCGGGUGCACCAGGGAGUCAGAGACCUCCACGAGUCGUCCUUUAGCCUCUCUGGGUCUCAGGUCGAUGACCACAUCCCUAAGAGGUCCUCGGCUCGGAUCCUGGCCCCUCCCGGCGGUCGCUCCAGUGGUAUCUGGUAAUCACUGGUGAUGAGCUUCAACCGUCCGAGCCUCCAUGUUUUGUAUAUUUUUGAGCAACCAGGAAAACUGCACUGAUUUUCAAUCACAGGAUUAAAGUUAAGAGGGGAAAAUAAAUUCAAGCACGUGUCUGUGAUUAGUGACGACCUAACUGAUGAUCAGUAAUUUGCCAAAGUGACUUCUACAAAUCUAAUUUGUGUCUUAAUUGGAGUGACUGACCUGAUUAAUUACAUGAGAGUGAAGGGCUAUCUGUGAAUUUAAAUGUUUUGCCAAAUUCAAGCUGAUCAUACUAACAUUGAUAAAGUCUGCUCAUUAUCAACCUACUCGUAUCCCAUGAAAAAACAAACUAAACAAACUGUGAAAGAUCAAAACCAGUACAGUUUUUGAUGGUUUUACCUGAAGUGAUGUCGACCGAAUUAUUUAAAAAUAGUAGAACUGGAUUCAGUGAAAUAACCUAUUAUACCCCUGUCACACACACAAACAUAAAUUACACUGUAGACACCAUAGCUUUAGACUCAUAUGAAGAUGUGUGUGGAUUCUGUUUGUGAUCAAACCACCCACUGUGCUCGGCUUCCUGCUGCACCAUGGGUUCCACAGUGUUUGUGUUUCCAAUGGAUGAACUGUGCUGUGUGGUGAUGAAAUCCAACUGCUUCAAACACCGUGUGAUCUUACACUACGCUAUCUUAAUAGAGUCAGACUUGACCCCAUCCAUCCUUAUACUUUCACUGCCUCUGACUGAAACAACACAUGUCCCAGAAACUUCCCAGCCUCACUUGCAAUGUAGCGGGGUCUAUAGACUGAGUGAAUUAAGUAUACAACCUGUGGGUUUACCUGGGAUUUUAACUCUGGUUCCAGUACUGAUCCCACAUUUAAAUGUAGGCAUUUCUGUCAUGGAAGCCUCAUAUCUUUGUGGUAUCUAUAGACCUUGCAGAGCUAUAACACAGAGGAGAAUUCAGUUCAGUUUGUUAAAGGAAGGAUGAAGAGUAAGUGAUUUAAGACCACAGUGGAGAUAACAGGGAGGAAAAGUUUUCUGUUACUUCGCUACUGAUAAUACAUAACAGAAGAAU